UUGCCGCGAUUAAAGCCACAAAGCAAUAUAUAUAUAUAUGAGAGCCAAAGACGGGGUGGAAUCGGUGAAAGAAAGUCGCGAGUGAAAUUUGUGUGCCGCCGAGACGAAUGCCGAUGACAAAACAAACGUAAAUCGACAAAAAGUGCGCCGGCCAAGUGCCUGUCAAUAUUGCUGCAAGUGAGGAAAAAUAAGUGAAAAAAGCUGGUGUAAGGCAGAGACAGCGAUACCUAAAAGCCAAAAAAAAGUGAAUUUUGAUCUUGAUUAGCCGCCCAGCUAAUCCAAGGCCCAAUUUGAGCUAAUCCAGCCAGUGAAGCACAGCUGUCCGGCUCUCGAAAUGAAGGUCCUCAGCCUGAGCCUGCUACUGGUGGCUCUGCCUCUGAUGUGCCGCUCCCUUCCUGCCACCGACAAAUCCUCGCUCUCGCUGGAGGACACAGACCUCACGGACAACGAGCCGGGCGAGAGUGUCAAGGAGUCCCAGAUCCACAAGCGUUCGGGCAGCUUCGACUAUGUGGCGCACCUAAAGUCCGGCCUGCUGUCUGGCAUAGGCCAGGCCUCCGCCUCGAUUGCCUCUGGCAGUUCCGGCGGAAGCAGCGGCGGCGGGAAUAGCUACAAGUCCCACGAGAUCGUUGUCCAUGGCAACUCGGUGGACUAUGACCCUUGGUCAUUCAAGAAGUCCGUGCUAAACACCAUCUUCCAGGCGGUGAAGGCCAUCACUGGCGGGGUCACGGCUCUCAAGGGUCAGCUGAUCAAGGGCAGCGGCUACGCCUUGAGUGCGGGCGGCAACCUGGUGGCCGCCGGCGGAGACAAGGUCACCGACGUAGGCAAGUCCAUCAUCAACUCAGCGCACAUCAACUCGCACACCUAUGCCACUAGUCACUCCUCCAGCGGCGGCGGCGGGCUCUUCGCCAAGCUGAGCUCCCUGUCUGGCGCCUCCUCCGGCGGCAGCAGCGGUCACAAGUCCCCAGCACCUGUCCUGCACACCGAGACGAUCACCACAUACGAGAUACCCACUGGCCAUGCCAGCUACGGUCCGCCCUCGAAGCCGCCAUCCUAUAGCAGUGCCACUCAUCAAUAUCUGCCACCGGUGGGUGGGUCCAAUUACGUGGGCGGCGGGGCGCCCUUCAGCGUGAGCCACCCGGCGGCCUUCGAGUCACCGCCGAGCAACUAUCUGCCAUCGGCCUACGGACAAGAUGCCACCAGUGCCAAUAGCAAUGACUUUAAUAUCUACGGACGCCACACCAAGUUGACGGAUGAGGAAGCCCGCAAGGCGGCUCUGCAGCUCCAGGAGAUCCUCAGCCUCCUGCCCAAUGGCAAGACCGAGUACACAGCCUCCAAGACGGUGGCUCUGGACACGAGCAGCGUGCCCACAGGAUCGGGCUUGGAGCAGGCCGAGGUCUACAACAGCUAUGGUCUGCCACUGCCCAACAAUCUGGGCACCCUGGAGUCCUUGUCGCACACGGAGUCCAUAACGGCUGCCUAUAAUCCAGUGGCUUCAAAGAAUCCGGCGGAUGUGUACCACCAAAUGGCUAAGAGGCCGAGUGCCGAGGAGCUGUACAUCCAGAAGCACCCCAAUGAGGGCUAUGACUACGCACCACCGUCAUCGGGACCUCCACCUCUACUGCCCACACCAAGGCCGCCAUCGUCAGCCAGUGAUUACCGGGUGGAGAACUACCAUGCCUCCAAGAGUAACGCCCUCAAGGAUCUGACGCCCAUCAUAGCCGCCCUGGAAGUGGCCAAGCGGAAGGGCAAUAGCCACAGCAGCGGGCCGCCCGUCUACUCCAUCGAGAAGCAGGUGCACAAGCAGCAGCAAGCCCCCUUUCAGUACCUGCCGCCGGUGGUGCAGAAGUCCAAGUACGUGUACAGUGCACCGCCGCAUCACCACAGUGGUGGCUACAAAGUUCGACGGCAUGUGGCGAGUCCGAAGCACCCAAAGCGAAGCGUCUUCAGGCCGCAGGACUACGAGAUCCAGGACCCGCUGAUGUUCAACCGGUUGAUGGAGGUUUAGGGAACCAGCCGGAAACCCUAGUUAGGCCUCAUCAUAGCUCGUACUCCUCUAAGUCAUGUUGCAGCAUUUACUUGUAACUUAUUUAUGUUAUCCCUAUCGCUAUCGUAAUUAAUUAUUUAUUGAGCUUCCCGAUGGUUGGCAAUAAGGGUGAACCCCACAUUGCAUCCCGAGCACAGCAUGCCCCCUGAAUCAGCACCCACCACCACUCUGUCCCACUCUGUGUCUCUCUCCCUUCUUGCACCGAAAACCAGACCAAAUAGGAUUCCUUCUCACCUCUCACCGCUCUCUUUGCAGUCUACCAUCCGUAGAGGACGAGGCGGAAGGACCUCUGCGGACCUCUGUCCAUCUCCACGUAUCCUAGAGUUAGUCAAUCCGUAACCGUUCCUGCCUAUUCCGAAAACUAUUCUCAUUCUAUAUAUACCACAUAUGUUUCCCACUCCAAUCUGAAUUUGAAUCUGAAACCGAAACCCAUUCGCGGGCGUCACAGAG